UACAAGUCUAUGUUUAAUUUGUGUGUUGUAUUUUGCUUUUAAUUUUAUAUUGUUAUCAAUAAAAAACAUGCUUAAAUUUGCGAACCUUAAUUAAAAUUGUUUACCUGGAAUGCAACCGAAUGAAAAGAAUUUACCACCGCGACAACGUAAGGAGAAAAGGGUCAAUCGCGAUGCAAAUCGGGGCCAAUGGGCAUCCAAAACUGAAUUUAUACUUACGCUCAUUGGCUAUGCCAUUGGCAUUGGUAAUGUUUGGCGUUUUCCCUACCUCUGUUAUCGCAGCGGCGGCGGUGCAUUCUUGGUACCGUACAUGCUGAUGGUUAUUCUAUGCGGCAUUCCAUUGUUCUAUAUGGAGGUAAUGAUUGGCCAAUUCUCGGGCACUGGCUGCACGGGAAUGUUUCGAUUGGUGCCCUUACUGAAGGGCACCGGCAUUUGCAUGGUUAUUGUAAAUCUGUAUUGCGUAUGCUACUAUUCGGUUAUCAUAUCAUAUCCGGUGCGCAUGUUGUAUUAUUGUUUCUGGAAGACUGUGCCAUGGAUCGACUGCAAGCAUCCAUGGAACACGCCCAAUUGCACCACCGUUGACAAGUUGCAACAUGUCGACGGUCGCGCCACCACAUCGGCAGAUGAGUUCUUUCACCUGGAAGUCUUGCGCAUUUCGGAUAACAUUGCCCAUCUCGGUGGCAUGGUGUGGGAGCAGUUUCUCAGCUUAUUUAUCACAUGGGCACUCAUUUUUCUGUGUGUGUUGAAGGGCAUUAAAUCGGUGGGGAAAGUUUCCUACUUUACGGCCCCGUUCCCCUACUUAUUGCUAACCAUACUAUUUGUUCGAGGAGUAACAUUGCCCGGCGCCUCAAAUGGCAUCAAAUUUUUCUUGUACCCUGAAUGGAAUCGUCUGCUUGACCUAAAAGUCUGGGCCGAUGCGGCCAUACAGAUGUUUUUCGGCCUCGGCCCCGGCUGGGGCGGCAUUGUCAACAUGGCCAGCUUCAAUAAUUUUCGCAACAAGGCCAAAUUCGAUUCCGUUUUAGUUGUUGCAGUCAACGUGUUUACAAGCAUCUAUGCCGGUAUUGUCGUCUUCUCCGUUUUGGGCUUUCUAUCGAACCGAUCGGGCAUACCUGUGGCCACAGUUGCCACCUCGGGCGCUGGACUGGCAUUUGUUACUUAUCCAGAGGCAAUUGCCAUGUUGCCCGUGCCACAGCUAUGGGCCAUCAUGUUCUUUAUUAUGCUGUUCCUCUUGGGUAUUAAUAGUGUGUUUGUUCAACUGGAGUCCAUUACCUCAUCGAUGUUGGAUGAGAUUGAUGCGCUGCGUAACUAUAAAGUGUGGGUUAGCUUAAUGUUAUGCAUAUUAUUCUUCUCCCUGUCGUCCGUAAUGUGCACCAAUGCUGGCAUGUAUAUAUUGCAAUUGUUCGACUGGUACUCGUCGGCCAUAUCAAUAAUUGUCAUUUGCCUGGUGGAGGUCAUUAUGGUGGCGUAUAUCUAUGGCAUUAACAAUUUCAUGUCAGAUAUUGAGUUCAUGUUGGGUCAGCGUCCCAGCCUCUUUUGGAAGAUAUCCUGGAAGUAUAUAUCUCCAGUCGUACUGAUCUUUAUCCUGCUAACAAGCACCAUAUUUAUGCGGCAAAUUACAUACAAUGGGGUUGAAUAUCCUUAUUGGGCCGUUAUCCUGGGUUGGUUAAGUUUUAUCUCCUCGGUUAUGUGGAUACCGCUCUAUGUGUUUUACAUUAUGAUCCGAAAACGCGAAACCUUGUGCGAUAGUUUGAAAAAGCGCUUAAGACCCUUUGAUUGGACACCAGCCGAUCCAGAAGAUCGUGCCGAAUACGAAGCUUUCAGAAGACAACGCCGACUUCCGGCAUUUAUGUCCGAAACGGAAGUAGAGCCGGAUACGGUGGCUAAAAAAUAAUCAUAAUAAUUCCUAAGCUACUAAGAAUGGUUUCUGCUCAUAUUCAAUUCAUGAUUUUAAAACAUUUGACAAAAUAUCUUUUUUAUUAUAUGUAUACGGGAUAUCGCAGGGCGCAAACCUUUAACAAAUCUCAAAGCUCAUCAACAUUAGUUCACCUCCUCAGUGACCUCAUAGAGCUGAUGUGUGAUAUCAGCAUUGCCCACAACCUCCUCAUAUUGCUGGCGGUCCUCCAUUUCGGUGGGAUACCAAUCAUUGGGUCGACAGGCGCGCCUAAACCUAUCGCAAAAUCCGCCCGUAUUCUGGCACAUUAUAAACACGCCAUAGCCCGGUAUAAAGAGCAUGGGCACCAACACCAGAAUCAGGCUUAUGUGCAACAUAACGGAGGAGCUGAACGCAUGUUCCAUGGAUGAAAUGAAUACCCCAAUGAGCUGAAAGCCAAGAAAUAUAUUUAUAAUCUGAUCGGAGGGGAAUAUGAAUCAUAUACAAACCAAGGUAUACAACAGAAAAAGCGGUGCUAUAAAGCGCAAUAUGAAUAUCUUCCACGAGGCGAAUGGCUGUCCAAUCAUGAAUUCUAUAUCGCGUUGGAAUCGCUCACGUCCAUAGACCCAAAGCACCGCCAACAGGAGAAGCAAGUGCAUAACGCUAUGGAUCAUAAUGGCAUCCAAGGAUAACGCCGAGAAGUACAUAACUCCAUGCUGUUAAGGAGGAGAAUUAAAGGGUAUAUUUAAGAAUCGAGAUGAAAAGCACAAUAUUAAAUGGAAUGAAAAGGGAUGGAAUGGAGUCAAAUGAUGAAGUUGAAUGAAAUGGAAUGUAAUGGAGUGGGAUGGAGUGGAAUGGAUAGGAGUAGAAUGGAAUGGAAAAAACAGGAAUGUAGUGGAAUGGAUUGGAGUAGAAUGUAAUGGAAUGGAUUGGAUUAAAACAAAAUGGAAUGAACUGGAACGGAAUAGAAUGAAAUGUAGGAAUGAAAUAGAGGAUGUAAUGGAAGGUAAUGAAGUAGAAUGGAAGGGAUCGAAAUCAAAUGAGAUGGAAUGGAAUGAAAAGCAAAGAAAUAAUAUAAAAGCAAUAAAAUAGAUUGUAAUGAAAUGGAUUACAUUGAAUUGGGAGGGAAUGAAAUGAAAUGAAGUGCACGGAAAUGGAAUGAAUGAAAA